UAAAUAAAUAGUUUGUACUGUACAGUAGUAAACCACGACCCCGGGUGGUGAGUAGGAGAUAGUUCUCUCUGCGUAGUAGUUUUCAGUUUUUUGAAGAAAAUGGCGGAAAGCGAGCUCAACGUUGACAGCAUCAUCUCCCGAUUGCUUGAAGUGCGAGGAUGCCGUCCAGGGAAGAUAGUCCAGAUGACGGAGGCGGAGGUGCGGGGGUUGUGCAUCAAGUCCCGGGAGAUCUUCCUCAGCCAGCCCAUCCUACUGGAGCUGGAGGCGCCGCUCAAAAUUUGUGGUGAUAUCCAUGGCCAGUACACAGACCUGCUGCGGCUCUUUGAGUACGGGGGCUUCCCCCCGGAGGCUAACUACCUGUUCCUGGGGGAUUAUGUGGACCGAGGCAAGCAGUCCCUGGAAACCAUCUGCCUACUGCUGGCCUACAAGAUCAAAUACCCUGAGAACUUCUUCCUGCUCAGAGGAAACCACGAAUGUGCCUCCAUCAACCGCAUCUACGGUUUCUAUGACGAGUGCAAACGCAGAUUCAACAUAAAGCUGUGGAAGACCUUCACAGAUUGCUUCAACUGUUUGCCCAUUGCCGCUAUAAUCGAUGAGAAGAUCUUCUGCUGCCAUGGAGGUCUCUCUCCUGAUCUGCAGUCCAUGGAGCAAAUCCGACGCAUCAUGAGGCCCACUGAUGUCCCUGACACAGGCCUGCUGUGUGACCUGCUGUGGUCAGAUCCAGACAAAGACGUGCAGGGCUGGGGGGAAAACGACCGGGGCGUCUCCUUCACCUUUGGGGCCGACGUGGUCAGCAAGUUCCUCAACCGCCACGACCUGGACCUCAUCUGCAGAGCCCACCAGGUUGUUGAGGACGGCUAUGAGUUCUUUGCCAAACGGCAGCUGGUGACGCUGUUCUCAGCUCCCAACUACUGCGGGGAGUUUGACAACGCUGGGGGCAUGAUGAGCGUGGAUGAGUCCCUCAUGUGUUCCUUUCAGAUUUUGAAGCCGUCAGAGAAAAAAGCUAAGUACCAAUAUGGGGGAGUGAACACGGGACGCCCUGUAACCCCGCCUCGUACUGCCCAAGCCCCAAAGAAGAGGUGAGCGCCUGGCCCCCAUCUCGCCUCCUCCUUGCACCAUUUCCUCUAUUGCCCCCUGCAACGUCCUGUCCCCUCCCUCCCAUCUAUGGGAAGCGCUCUAGCCCCCCUGACGCCCACUCACCUAUUUCAUGUGUAAAAUAUUAAAUCUUUGCUGUGAACGUAUUUUUUUUCUUUGCUUGUUUGUUGGUAUUUUUAUUAAUAGUGACAUGUGGUUUUUCAAUGCUAUGAAAUGGGUUGCUAAGGUGCAGCAAUACGAUACACACCUUUUGUGGAAAGGGGCAAUGCAUUCUGAAGGGACGCUUUUCUGCCUUCAGGUAUAGAAAAAAGUAUUGAAUAAUAUGAGUGUGUGCGUGCGCGAGUGAGUUGGGUUCUUUACCCCAGCCUUGACUCUUCAAGACCAAUAACGUGAGUGAUCCUCUCCACCCAGUCUCACAAUUUACCCUGCUAAUGUGUAACCUUCUCACAAUAUUACUAAUAACAUUGGCUGUUUUGGCUACAGUAACUGAGUGGAAUGGUUUAGCCUCUUGAGUUUGGAGCAAGUCAUUUUCACCCCGUUGGACUCAUUUCUCUCUUUAUGGAGACACUAAUGAACUAUUAACAACUUUGAAAGUACUUGUACAAAUGCAUAUUAUCAAAACCAUACAAAAUGACAGUAUAUACACACUGGGCAUGUAUUGUAUACACAUUCUGUACAUUUAACUGUGUAUAAAUGUUAACAGUUAACAACUAGUACAGUUAAGGUCAUGUGUCCUCAACUCAAAGGGUUCACAACAAAUGGGUGUUUAAAAUGCCUGUUGGUUUUGAAUCAAUCUUGUCCAUCACACCAGCCCUCUCCUCGUAUCCACCGAACCUGCUUCAAUUGCUGAAGACUGUUUAUGGACAUUGCUUUAACUGUGUGCCUGUAUAGAUGGGGGUGGCUUGGAAAGUUAAGGCAAGAGUCAAAGGCACCGGAUUUCUAUUGGUGUUGAAUAUUAUUUCUCAAACACGGCCAGUUGGUCACACUAGACGAUUACAAGUUUUUAACUUUACACAAGCUGUUUUCAGCAUUCCCCAUUGCCCCUGCAGUUCUUGUAAACAUGGCAUAUUACAUCACACGGGGGUCAAGCACAUGCUUACCAAGCUCGGGGUGAGGCCGAGAUGGCACUUUGUAGCUGGAUCACUUACUUAGACAUUGCUACCCCUUAGUGGUAGAUCUUAGGACAGCCGAAAGAGGCUGACGAUGUCAACGACCAGCAAGGCAUCAGAACGUGAAUAGUGAAUACAGUAUGUGUACCUUUUCAAGAGGAGAUGAUUCCAAUAUCUGGUUCAGAAUUGUCAUCCAACUAAUGAGCUUACUAAGGAAUAUUCAAAUAAUAUUUUAGGUUUUUGAAGUUGGCUAUAUCUCGCCCUUUGCCUUGUUCUGAUCUAAGUUGGAAACUCAGUGUUUUAAACAGUUUUGAGAUUUGUAAAAUUUUCGUUUCACUCUUUGAAUGGAAUAAAUGGAACAGUGCUGUUGA